AUGAUGUUGGCUUUGCGCGCUCGCGGGCUUGCCCGGCCAACGUUCACGCGUCUUAUUUCGUCGUCUACGCGUCGAUGUAAUGAGGAAGAGGCGCCAAAGGCCCCACAACCGCCAAAACCAAUCGACGAUUCAACUUCAGCGUUGGCCUACAAGCAAUCCCAGCGCCAUAACCCCCCGCCAUUGCCAGUCAUGGAUUUACCCCGUCCAAGGUCGGCAGAAGAGGCCGUGACCAACAUCCUCUACAAUACGCCUCCUCCCAGUUUGCAGCCGUUUAAAAAACACGUCCUCAACUGCCUUGUUCAAAACGAACCUGGAGUUCUCUCGCGUGUUUCUGGCAUUCUUGCGGGGCGGGGGUUCAACAUUGACUCGCUGGUCGUCUGCAAGACUGAAAUUCGUGACCUCAGUCGGAUGUGCAUUGUCCUCAGCGGGCAAGACGGCGUUGUUGAACAGGCACGCCGACAAUUAGAAGACCUUGUCCCUGUUUGGGUCGUCCUCGAUUACACCAACACCCGCACAAUUUCGCGAGAACUUUUGCUCGCCAAAGUCUCUAUUCUGGGUCCAGAAUACCUCGAAGACCAGCUUCAGGGUGGCCCCUCCCACGAGCCGCGUCGCACUAAACUCGAACAGGAAGCCGCUCUUGUCCACAACAUUGAGCGAAGUGCCCAUCUGGAAGAUGCUACUCCCCAGCCAUUGACUCCCUCCGAGGCACUCCGUAUCAAGCACCAACAUCUUCACUCCAUAAGCGUCCUGGCGUCCCAGUUUGGGGCCAAGAUCGUCGAUGUCAGCGAGAACAGCGUUAUCGUCGAGUUGACCGCCAAGACUGCGCGAGUGGAGGCCUUCCUUAACCUUAUCAAACCAUUCGGUAUCCUGGAAUCGGCACGGACAGGACUGAUGGCCAUGCCGCGAACCCCAAUCGCAGUGUCGCCAGACGAUGCUGAGGUGGUCACAGAGACGGUUACUGUCGAUGCGCAUUUGCUUCCGCCCGGUUAA